AUGAAAGCAGCUAUUAUUUCUGGAUCCUUUGAACCUAAUCACUUGGCAGAAAUCAAAGAUAUACCGCAACCAGAAAUAAAAGAAAAUGAAAUAUUAAUCAAGGCAGUGGCUUUUGCAAUCAACCCAACAGACUGGAAGCACAUUGUUUAUCAAUUGGGUAGCCCAGGUGAUGUUGUUGGCUGCGAUGUGAGUGGAACCGUUGAAGAGGUGGGUUCUCAAGUAACUGGGUUUGAAAAAAAAGACAUUGUGAGUGCUUUUGUAACUGGCAAUAGAUCACCCAGAACUGGAGCCUUUGCAGAAUAUGUGGCUGUUGAUCCUGCUACUGCAGUGAAGUAUACCCAAAGUUUUGAUGAUUCGACAAAUCUAAAAGUUUCUGAAGUCCGCUCAUUUGAAGGUGCAGCAAGCAUUAAUUUGGGUUUGGUUACCGUUGGGCUUUCAUUUUCUCAUUACUUACAAAUAGAGAACAAAAAGCAACCUGGGGAUGGCAUCUUGAUUUGGGGAGGAGCAACUGCAACUGGAAUUCUAGCCAUUCAGAUUGCGAAAUUGGUGUAUAGCCUCAGUGUGAUAACCACGGCAUCACCCAAAAACCACUCCCUUUUGAAGCAAUUAGGGGCCGAUUAUGUUUUUGAUUAUAAAGACACUGAUGUUGUUAACAAAGUUAAGAGAGUUGGCCAAAUCAAAUUUGCUCUUGAUACGAUUGCUACACCAGAAACAUUUCAAAAAGUAUAUGACUCAACAGAAGGUUCUCAAGAGGUGUUUAUUGAUUCAUUGGCCGGUUUAGACUAUAGAUCCAUUACUGCCAAUGAUGCUAGAGGAGAUCAGGUACAUUGGGGACACACCAUUGCUUGUUUGGCAUCUCUAAAAGAAAAAGCUGUGUUUAAUGAAAAUUAUGUUCAAACACCUGAAUUGUUAGUUGAUUUUACUCAGUGGUGGCAAAAUGUAGUUCCACAAAUUAUUGAUCAAAUCAAACAUACAAAUUUGAGGUUGUUAAACAAAGGAUUAGACUCCGUAAAUCAAGGGUUAGAAUUAUCUAGAAAUAAUAAACUUUCUGGUGAAAAGGCUGUGUUCAGGGUUCUGGAUCUGUGA